UAUGUCUGUUUAGGCCUAUCUUAUCAUCCAUCUCCGUCUUGCCCAGUCUUGUUUUUUUGUAGUAGGCCUAUUUUCCCUAUCUCUAGUUUCUUUUUUAUGUCCAUCUCCUAUCUUUUAUUUAUUUUUAAUCUUAUCAGUCUUUUCUUGUUUUUUUUCUUUCAUUUUUUUGUUUUUUUGCUCCAUCAGUUUCAUAAUUCUCUUCUUUUAUUCAUCCUGUUUUCUCACUAACUUUUCUCUUUCUUCGAUUUCUUCUCCCCCAGCUUCCCCUCCUCCUCCUCCUCCUCCUCCUCCUCCUCCUUCUCCUCGCCCUCCUCAUCCUCCUCCUCAUCCUGCUCCUCUUCCAUCUUCGUCUCCUUUUAAUAUUAUAUCGAAAGCUCGUCCUCAUAACCUUUCCUCCUCCUCCUCCUCUUCGUCCUCUCCUUCCUCCCCUGUCUCUUCUCCCUCCCCUUCCUUUCUUAUCCUUCUUCACUCUCUCCCUUCUUCCCUCUUUUCGGCCCCUUUUUCCUUUCCUUCACUCUUCCUUCUUCUCUCUCACUCUCUUCCAAACCUUUUUUUUUUUUAAUUCUCUCGUUGGUCUUUGGCGCUCUUCUCUCUUCAGUCAUACCUUAUCUCUAUUUCUCUUAGUCUCUCUGUCUGUAUGUCUGUCUCUCUCGCAGCAUCCUUCCCCAUGUCUUGUCCAGCGUGGGUUUGGGUGUGGGUGCAGGCGUGGGCGCGGGUGCGUGGGUAUAACAAACUAAUAAUAAUAAUCCUAACUGUAAUAUAGCGAACCGUACGUGAUUCAACUAAAGGCUCCCCUCGAAAACAUUUACCGAAGCCUCCCUUAAAAUCUGCGUGAGAGCGAUCCGUUUUCUGUAAUGCGGUGAAGUGAGGAGAAAGAAUAUGGGAUGUGAUUGGUUGUUUUGGUGCAAGUGAUGUGUUCAGUGGUCUCGUUUUCUUUUAUUAAUGUGUGUUUAUAUAGCAUGGAAGAAAACGGAUUGGUGGUGUUUUAUUAGAGGGGAGCUUAACCGUUUUUUUACGCGUUUUAUAUGUAUGAUUAUUUUGCACAUGUAUACUUGUUUUUAUGUCUUUUUUUUAGUCUGUAUACAUUGACUAACAGUCCCUUUGUACUCUACGUCUUUUACUUAAGCUGUUGUUGUUACUAAUAUUAUUGCCGCUUCAAGUGUCUUAAUUAUUGCUAUUAUUAUUAUUAUUAUUAUUAUUAUUAUUAUUAUUAUUAUUAUUAUUAUUAUUAUUAUUAUUAUUAUUAUUAUUUCUAUGAUCAUUAUUAUUAUUAUUAUUUGAGGAAAGAAGGAAAGGAAUGAAAAUGGAAAACCAACACACACACACACACACACUCUCUCUCUCUCUCUCUCUCUCUCUCUCUCUCUCUCUCUCUCUCUCUCUCUCGUCCUAAUGGCUCUCCACUCACUUCCAACGAUUGAUAUCUCUCCUCCUCCUCCUCCUCCUCCUCCUCCUUUUUCCUGCUCCCCACAAAGAGAUGAGUUUGAAGGGGAGCGGCGAGGAGUGAAGGAGUGACCAGACAGAUUUUGCACGAGAGAGAGAGAGAGAGAGAGAGAGAGAGAGAGAGAGAGAGAGAGAGAGAGAUACAAACAGGGAAAAUAAUUAAAACACACAAACCCAAGGACACAUAUUACCAGAUACAAAUGAUAAACGAAUAAGAUUUUUGAGACCACUAAGGAAAUAUAAAUUAAGAAAGGUCUGCGCGUAUUUCUUAAUGGCACAAUCACUAUCACCCUCGUAUCGGUUUUAAUUGUACAGUGGCUCUUAACCCGUCCGCUGCGAUUGUCAGGGAUUUGGCUUUCCCUGGUAGCCUGGUAACAUAUAGUCCCAGGUCUUUCUCUGCCUCUGUGAUAGAUAGUGGAGUGUGUCCCAUGUGGUAUUGGUAUGCUGGAUAUCCCCUCUCAAGUUGGAUGACUUUACAUUUUUCUUCAUUGCAUUGUAGCAGCCACUUUUUGUUCCAUUGCUGUAGCUUGGUGAUGUCUGCUUGUAGGAAAUUCGCAGUCAAGGGGGUAAACACUCUUAAUAUACUCGGUGUGUUGGUUUUCCUUUUUCUGUAAGAGACGUAUAGAGAAACUCAACGUCUAAAAAACUUCCAUGUAUAUACUUAUCUUUAUAUCUUUUUGUUUUGUCUUUUACGAUGUCACAAAAUACACACAUCAAGAGUACCGUUAGUGAGCCUCUUGAAACUGCCUCUUAGCCGCUGCCUUGGCUCGCUAAGAGGAGGGCUUCACGUGGCUUUGUCCUCGUCUUGAUAAGUGAAAAAAAGGUGUCAAAGAGUAUACAAAGAGAUUUAGAAAGGUUUAUGGAGGCCUAUAAAGAGAAUGUGCAAUGAUGGUACUUCUAUUUUUUAUCAGUAUUUUAUAAGUAUCGAAGUCUUGAUUAUUUUUUGGUUUUGUUUUAGGUUUUUCAACGAGGAGGUUUUUUUAAUGUUUUUCUUUUUGUCUUACUUUUUCAUUUUUAGGUUGACAAUAUUUUUUUUUUCGCUUUUAUAAGUAUCGAUGUUUUGAUUACUUUUUUAUUUUGUUUUAUCUUUUUAACGAGGAGGGUUUUUUUUGUGUUUUUCUUCUUCAUUUUUAGAUUGACUAUAAUUUUUUUUCUUCUCGCACCAAAAGAAAGUCGGGAAAGGGGGAAACAAGUACAAUAUCUACGUGAACUUUCUUCCUUCAUAUUAUUUUUUUCCUUCAAUUUUCCGCGAAGAUGAGAUAAAGAAAAUGAAACUCUGCUUGUAUAUACACCGAUCAUUAUUACUAUUAUUAUUAUUAUCUUUACUAUUAUUAUCAUUAUUAUUUUAUUAUUAUCACUGUCAGCCCUGCGAACGUAUACUCUAUAUUAACACGUCAUCAUAAUCAUCAUCAGCCGUCAUCGUCAUCGCAUUAUCGUCCCGUCACCAUCGCUCCGUCAUCUUCACAACCAUCACCAUCAUCAUCGUCAUCGUCAGCUUUAUAGGAAAUUCCCGUAACCCGCGAAAUUCGGCGUUUUUUGUUUAUUGUAGGCCUAUUCGGCGUUUUUUUAAUUGUAGUCCUAUUCGGCGUUAUUUUUUUUUCCUGAUGUAUGUGUGUAAACCAACCCAACCGUCCGCCUUUGUUCAUUUUGAUUAAUAUUGUAACAAGAAAUAUAUUGUGUAUAGCUAA